AUCCAAAGCCUCUUCUUUCUUCUCAGGUUCGACAACGGAACUCUGCAAAUUCUCGAGGCGAUUCUGGUCUCCAGGGAUGUGAAGUCGUUGCUUGAAGUCCGGUCGAGCUUGAGAGAGCUCAUGAGGAGCGAAUCUCUCCGUAUUGUUGGUGAAAUUGCAGGGACAACCGUUGAGCAUAAGCUUUCGGUUCUCGAAUUUCUUGUUCGCGCAUUUGCCCUCACCGGAGAUGUUGAGGCAAAAAUUUCGACUAUACUUCAUCUUCCUCUGUUAAAUCAACUUAGUUGCUUGGCUUUCAGAUAUGAAGCUUUAAUUCUACGGAAAUUUAGGUCUACAAGUAACAAAUUGCUACAGGUUUCAUGUAGUGAAUGGAUGACUUUUGCUAAACAUUUACUAGAUAACGGCUUCUAUUCCAUUGCUAGAAAGGCAUAUGAACAUGCGAUUUCAUCCUUUCAGAUGACUGGUGGGGUUGGCACUCAUGCAGAUGACUCCUUUAUAAAUGAUGAAGCUAUUGAGAAAAUUAAGAAACUGAAGGAUGUUGCUAUGGUGUCAUCUGCUUCACAAUCUGAUGGCUUAGAAUCUAAUCAACGGAAGCAUAUAUUUUACAUGAAGUGUGAUACCACACCUCCG